AUGGACAUUGACGACAUCCUCGCGUCCGUGGACCGGCACGAUGACUCCCCGGCCUCGGCUGCGCUGGAUCACCAGCUCCUGACGCGUUUCUGGGUGGCCGAGCGCGCCGUCUCGGAAGUGCUCCCUUGGCCCACGCUUCUAAUGGAACGGAUGAUGGAGAGAGUAUCCCAGCAGAUAUCCCGAAUAGAAGAUCUGGCAUCCUCAUCCUCCCCAACGACGAACCUCCACCUCUCCAUCCUCCAGACCGACCUCGCCCGCACGCAAUACCUGAUCCGCUCGUUACUGCGACAGCGUCUCUCCAAACUAACAAAACAUAGCAUGUACUACCUUUUGAAAAUCGCGGGCGCGAAUCCCGUCGAUUCACAACCAUCCCAACACCACCACAACCAACAACAACCGCAAGAUUCCGUCCCUGAUUUCCCCGCUGGGAUUCUCGGGUCGAAUACCUCCCCGCUUUCCAACCAGGAGGCAAGCUUCCUACACGCACACCAGAAAUUACUUGCCGGCCAUUUCGGCGCGAGUUUCUUAUCCGGGUUUCCUGCCCAACUGCGCAGACUGGACGAUAACGCCGGCGGGACGAGCAUGGUCACCGGUCCGGACGGGAGGGAGGCUGUCUUCGUGCGUUGUCUGGCCGACGAGGUGGUCGUCCGGGUUCCCCCCGGGGAUGGCAUUGACGUUGAAGAGAUUGGUGUUAGCAUGCGGAAAGGCGAGGUGUGGGCUGUUCGCUGGGAGGGAGUUAGAGAGGCCUGGGAAGGAGGGGAACUGGAAUUAUUAUAA